AUGGGAACCCAAUCUAAGAACUCCUUAAGAGCCUCCAUUGGAGAUGCUUUAAGAGCCGGGGCCUCUCAAAAAUUUCAGAGAGAGAAUUUAAUUCUUCCGUCGUCCGGUGAAUCCGGCAAAGCCCAUCGUUGGGUUGGCUGUUGUCUCCGAAAUGUGUCGGCUUUCUAUGCGAUGAUGUCCGGUUUGGUUUUUUGUAAUUCCGAUGUUGUCUUUUCGGUGGUUUCAGCCAGUUUUGUGCAGGUGUUAGAUUAUGUUUCUUUGUUUAUGUUUACUUUUAAUAAUUUUCAUUGAGAUGUGUUGGUGAUAACUGUGAUAGCAAUCUCGAUUUCUAUUGCUUUUUAUCCAAUCCGCUCUCUUUUGAGUUUCGAUUUAUAGAAAUAUAUAUAGAGAUUUGAGUUUUAAUUUGAAGAAAAGAAGUGGAUUAUGUCGCUUAGUAUCAUUGCUUUAAGCUAUUUGUUUCUUAAUUGGAGCUUCGGUUGCUUUUUCACCAGUGAAAAUCAAAAGAAUCUAUGUUGAUAGUAUUAUCGGUGGUGAUUCCGUCACUAGAAUCGAUGCUCGGACGGCAAAAGAUGAAGUCGGCUCACUUUUAGACUUCACAUCUAACACGUAUAUUGGCUUUUCUCGAAUUGACGAUGCAUGGUUUGAGAUAGAGACAAAUUCUAGUUUUGAGAUAGAGACAAAUUCUAGUUUCAUCUUCUAUAGGAAAUCUCUAUGGGCCUAUUUGGGUCUAAAU